AUGGCAACUUCACAUCGCGGUGGCUGGUUCUCGCGGAAUGAAACACUCCCUAAAAAGGAUGACGAUUUGAAGCUUCCCCAUCACAAUGGGCCCAGCUGGCAGGCUCGCACUCCUCGGCGGCGGACGCUUCGCUUCGCUAUCUACGCUAUUGUGCUCUUGGGCCUCUUCCUUUUGCUUCGCGGCAUGAUUUACUCGCACAAUAAGGACAUGGUCCGCCGUCCGCACCCGCAUGACCGGAACAAUGACCCAAUAGACACAGGCGUGCCGACGCAACUCACAAAACCAAAGUCGACACCCAAAUCCCCAGUCAUCGACUCCAAGCCCAUACCCACCGACCACUCCGUCGAAACGCACGAAUCUCCCGACGAUGCAAGACAUUAUAGAGGCACACUCAAGUUUAAGGCGCUUAGUGAAAGCCUUCGCCAACUGAGUUCGACCCCCCUUGGCUUUAAGUUCGCCAGCGUCAUCUUCGCGGCAUCCAACCUGCAGAGCGCAGCGACCAUCCUACCGAUGGCGUGUGAGAGAGCGGCUGCCCAACAAAAGGAGCGCGUGCUCUUUGCCCUCUUCGGUGAUGCUGAUGUCAAGUUGGAGACUUUGCUCAAGGUCAAUGGUGUCGGCGAGUCUUGCAAGAUUCAAACUAUUGAUGCGCGCGCUGAUCAGAGUCGUCAACUGAGCAAUCCUCGACUGGCUUUUGCUACUGCACGUGCAAUAUAUUAUCUCGCAACAUAUUUGAGACCGCUUGCAGUUGUUGUAGACGGCUCCUCCGCCGAGGAUCGUCCAUUUUUAGACGGCAUAAAGGAGCAGACGUCAGACGCACCUCGAACAACUCUGAUAGAGCUGCCUGCUAGAGCGGGAACUCGCAUGUCGUGGAUGUCCAAGUUGGAUGCUGCCGCCUUGGCUGAGUGGAAUAACGUCCAUUUUGACAUUUUGGUCCACGCGCCACCUACGGGAACCGGGAACCUUAAGCGUUUGUUGCGGUCGCUUGCUGCGGCCGAUUUGGCAGGCCACAGCAUCCCUCAGCUUACAGUUGAGCUACCUUGGACUCUCGACCUCUCGCUCGAACGAUUUCUGUCUGAUUUUAAAUGGCCUCGAUCUAGUUUGGCUGGUUCUAGCCCUAGUAUGCUGAAGCUGCGGCAUCGUAUCGAGCAGGAAAAGCCAAGCGCAAGUCAAAGCGUCGUCCGUUUACUCGAAUCGUUUUGGCCCAGCGAUGCUUUCAAGAGCCACGCUCUCAUCCUAUCACCUCACACGGAGGUAUCUCCGCAAUUCUUUCACUACGUCAAAUAUGUGCUGCUCCGUAGGCGCCAUAGCACAGCUGGGAGUGAAGAUGAUCCUUCUGGACUCAUGUUUGGCAUCUCAUUCACCGUGCCCAAAACUCACAUCCACAACACUGCAUCGUUUUCUGCACCAGCCGCCGCGAGCGGCGGCUCAUCAUCAUUCAUAUGGCAGGCACCAGGCAGUGACGCCAUGCUUAUCUUUGGUGAUAAGUGGGCUGAACUGUACGGUUAUGUAUCACACAGUUUACAGGCGCAAAAGGCAGGGACUACUGUACCGAGUCUUGCACAAUCCAAAGACGUCGUGGAGACCAAGCCGGCCUGGCUAGAAUACAUGCUGCAGCUUUGUCGUCUUCGCGGCUAUUUUACGGUGUAUCCGAGCAAGGAAACUGCAGAUGCCAUCGUCGGGGUCUAUACCGAUCUCCCCGAUGUGCCGGAAGGGCGUGAGAAGAGCGAAGCAGGCGCACGAGUCGAAGCAAAAAAGGGCAGCAGCUUCGAUGCGGGUUCGCAAGUGGAUAUUCUCAACACGCUACCUGACGGCGGUGCGCUCCCAAGCCUAAACUUGCUCCCUCUUCUAUCAUGGAAUGGUGGGACGAGCACGAUGAAGGAUAUUAUUCGAGAAGCCACCAAGCAAGCGGCCGAGUUUCGGCGGCAAAUUGGAACGUGCAAAGACCCAGAGGCUGUUUUGAAGCGGGACAAGUUGGCAGCGGAUCUGUUUUGCGCCGUAAAGGAGGGGAAGAGUGGUUGA